UCCUGAGAGAUUCCUAACCGAAACUAAAAAAAAUUGAAGUUCCUCCCUCUAUAUGCCACAUAAAAUACCAUACCACUUGUUACUUUGAUUUGUUCUGAUACAUGGCUCGUAGUACUAGUCGCCGGCGUGACACAGUGAUAGACAUUGGGAAGCCGUCGAGCUUCACAGGGGGGCUUGAGUUUUCCACCCUAACGUACACGGUGACAAAGAAAACCAAAGAUGAGGAGGGAAAAUGGAUGACGCAAGAAGUGGACUUGUUGCACAAGAUCACGGGGUUUGCACCAAAAGGGUCUAUCACAGCCGUGAUGGGUCCUAGUGGUGCCGGGAAGUCUACGUUCUUGGAUGGACUGGCAGGGAGGAUAGCAAGUGGGAGUCUUAAGGGAAGAGUGUCCUUGGAUGGCAAGGAAAUGAGUCUCAGCUUGAUUAAAAGGACUUCAGCCUAUAUUAUGCAGGAUGAUAGGCUUUUUCCAACUCUUACAGUUUAUGAGACCUUGAUGUUUGCUGCUGAUUUCAGGUUGGGACCGGUUUCAAGUGCUGAUAAGAAGCAGCGAGUCGAAAAGCUGAUUCAACAGCUUGGAUUAACUUCUGCCAGAAACACGUUCAUAGGUGAUGAGGGAACCCGAGGAGUGUCUGGUGGUGAGCGUCGGAGAGUUUCAAUUGGAGUGGACAUCAUUCAUGGACCAUCACUCCUCUUCCUUGAUGAACCCACUUCUGGUCUAGACUCCACCAGUGCUCACAGUGUCAUCGAAAAGGUGCACCACAUUGCACGCUCUGGAAGCACUGUAAUUCUCACCGUUCACCAACCCUCGUCCAGAAUUCAAUUGCUUCUCGACCAUCUGAUCAUUCUAGCUCGAGGGCAGCUCAUGUACCAAGGAUCACCAAAAGAUGUGGAUCUCCAUCUUGGUCGAAUGGGGCGCAAAGUUCACAAGGAAGAGAGCCCUAUUGAGUACCUCAUUGAUGUGAUUCAGCAAUAUGAUCAGUCUGAACUCGGGGUCGAGGCACUAGCCGAAUUUGCACGUACUGGAAUGAGACCCCCGCUGUUAGUUGAUGUGGAUGCCUCACCUUCGACAGUUAUGCCAACACCACUGCGCCAUGGCGGACGUGGAGGUGAAGGCCUGGAGGACAAGGGAAAGUCUGGAAAACGCCUGCACUUACAAACUAGUAUACAUUCAGUCAAUGAUUUUGAUCACAGUGUGAGAAGCCCUUACAACAAUAGUAAUUCAAGGUCAUGGACUCCCAGCCAUAGUGGGGUCAUGCAAAAACUGCAGAUGUUUACCCCUUCACGGCAACGAGAAGGCCAAAAGAUGCAAAGCCCCAUGAGUGCAUCCCCAGGCUACAACUAUUCAAGUGAGAUUCUUCCAAGCACACCAACGCCCCAUAGCAGUGACUACACAGUGAAUGAAAAUGACUAUCUGACCCCGGAUAUUGGUCCUAACACCAAUUCAUACCACCACCUUGGCCCCAAAUUCGCCAACUCAUUCUUCCCUGAGACUUGGAUUCUCAUGAGGCGUAACUUCAUCAACAUCAGGCGCACACCCGAGCUUUUCCUCUCAAGACUAGUAGUCCUCACAUUCAUGGGCUUCUUAAUGGCCACCAUGUUCCUAAAGCCACCAGAAACCACUCAAGGCAUCACCAACCGCCUCAGUUUCUUCAUCUUCACUGUCUGCCUCUUCUUCUUCUCAUCAAAUGAUGCUGUCCCAGCCUUCAUCCAGGAGCGCUUCAUCUUCAUCCGCGAGACUGCCCACAAUGCCUACAGAGCCUCUUCAUACACAAUUGCUGGCCUAGUAACAUACCUCCCCUUUCUUGCAUUGCAAGCAUCUGUUUACGCUGGCAUUGUUUGGUUUGCCUUGGGGCUUAGAGAGCCCUUCAUAUACUUCUUGGUGGUUCUCUAUGUUUCUCUCCUCUCAACCAAUUCAUUUGUGGUGUUUGUGAGCUCAGUUGUGCCCAAUUACAUCUUGGGAUAUGCAGCAGUCAUUGCCUUCACUGCCUUGUUCUUCUUGUUCUGUGGCUACUUCUUGAAUAGCCACGACAUCCCUGGCUAUUGGUCCUGGAUGAACAAAGUCUCCACCAUGACAUAUCCAUAUGAAGGACUUAUAAUGAAUCAGUACCAAACUAGCGAUACUUUCGGAAAAAACCCUGACGGGACCAACAUAACCGGUUUCAACAUCUUAGAAGGUCUUCGCAUAGAUUACGGCGGAGAACACACUCUCUCUGAAGUGAAGAAGUGGGAGAAGGUGUACAUAAUGUUGGGCAUGACUGUUUUAUACAGGGUUUUGUUUUACUUAGUCAUUCGUUUCACGUCCAAGAACCAGAGGACGUAGAUGAAAAUCGCAG